UUAUAUAUAUGUUCUUUCUCUGGCAAUAGAUCGGGUGAUCAUCCAACGACAACACCCCGGAACUCCAACCAUUCCACUUCCAUCUCGGUUUUGUUCCCUGAUCUCCAUUCUUUUAUCUUUUUCUCUUUUUGUGGGGAUUUGAUUCCCAUCGCGCCUGUCCUUUACGUCGUUCGCGAUUUGCAUGUCGUCUGAACUCGUCGGCGUAUAAUUUUUUCUUCUCAAAUUGGAUUCGUAACUUUCUCGAUGUUUACAUGCACUAAAAUUGCGAAUUGAAGAUGCUUUGCAGAUAACAUUUCCAUUACACUUCUCUACUGUAACAUGAAAGCAGCUAUGGAAGAUCAUGAAAUGGAGAAGAGAAAAGCUGUUGAAGAAUUAGAAACAGGAGAUCUUCCUCCUAUUAGGCCAGUUGAUAAAUUUGGUUUUGUUAAGAAAGAUCAAGCUGCAGAAACUCUCAAGAAGACCAGGUCAAGCAUUGAGCAUGAGAGUUCUUCUCAGGGAGGAAAGGAGGACUAGGAAAUGGAGAAAAAUGAUUGGCGCAGGUAGCAGCGAUUGGAAGCAUUAUGUAAGAAGAAAGCCUGUGGUAGUUAAAAGACGUGUAAGGAAGGGGAUCCCAGAUUGCUUAAGAGGUCUCGUCUGGCAGCUGUUAUCAGGCAGCAGGGAUCUCUUGUUGAUGAAUCCAGGUGUUUAUGAGCAAUUAGUUAUUUAUGAGACUUCUCCAUCGGAGCUGGAAAUAAUUCGGGACAUAUCUCGAACUUUCCCUUCACACAUAUUCUUCCAGCAGAGACAUGGACCAGGUCAAAGGUCUUUGUACAAUGUUCUAAAGGCAUACUCUGUGUAUGACAGGGAUGUUGGUUAUGUUCAGGGCAUGGGAUUUUUGGCAGGUUUGCUCCUCCUCUACAUGAGUGAAGAAGAUGCAUUUUGGCUACUUGUUGCUUUGUUAAAAGGUGCUGUACAUGCUCCAAUGGAAGGGUUAUAUUUGGCUGGGUUGCCUCUUGUCCAGCAAUAUCUUUUUCAGUUUGAUCAAUUGGUGAAAGAGCAGUUGCCAAGACUUGGUGAACAUUUUUCUAGAGAAGCAAUAAAUCCAAGCAUGUACGCAAGUCAGUGGUUCAUUACAGUCUUCACGUACUCCUUCCCAUUCUCUUUGGCUCUCCGGAUCUGGGAUGUUUUCCUUCAUGAGGGUGUGAAGAUUGUCUUUCGUGUAGGAUUGGCUUUGCUUAAGUAUUGUCAUGAUGAUCUCGUCAAAUUACCUUUUGAGAAACUUGUGCAUGCUUUGCGCAAUUUCCCAGAGGAUGCUCUAGAUCCAGACACUCUUUUGCCCAUGGCAUAUUCUAUAAAGGUAAGUAGGCGUUUAGAGGAGCUCAAGUUGGAAUACAGGAAAAGGUCCGAACAAGUUCCUCAACACUCCGAGGCAUCAGGAAACGAGUCUGAGGGUCUUAAGUUGAAAAAAUCACCCGGUCAACGUGGGGUAUCAUAGUUUAUGCGAGUCAUCCGCCACUAUGUCCAUCUGGAAAAUGCAGUGAUACAUUCAUCCAAUUGAAGUACCAACAAGCUUUAGCAGUAACGUUCAUGUCUGCUGAUUGAAUGAACAUGGAAGGACUGAAGUACUUCUAUUGCUGUGCUCCCAUGACAUGCUAGAGCAAGUGUGAAGGCAACGAAACAUGAUGGGAUUGCCUAAAAGCAACUCCGUGGAUUUACCCCAUCAGUUGCAAGACGAAGUAUUAGGUUGUAAUUUCAGCUGUAUAGUAGCCCCUUUCCAUAAGGAAACAGAUGUGAUUCUUCAGAUGAUUUGAUAAUCUAAGUUCUUUUGCUC